AUGGCCCACGUCUCUGCCGUGGUGGUGGGCGCGGGCGUUGUCGGCGCAGCUGUUGCUCGAAGCUUGGCCCGGGCUGGGCAGGAGGUGCUGGCCGUGGAGCGGCUCAGGCAGCCGGGCCAGGGCACCACCAGCAGAAACAGCCAGGUGAUCCAUGCUGGACUCUACUAUCCCGAAGGCAGCCUCAAGGCGCGCUUCUGUGCUGCCAGCGCCGCGCGCCUCUACAAGUUCGCAGAGAGCCGCCACAUCCCACACUGGAACUGCCAGAAGUUGGUGGUGGCCGCCGAGGGGCAGGAGGAGCGCCUGCGCAGCGUCGCAGAGCACGCUCAAAGCAUCGGCUGCCUGCAGAAGGAGAAGAUGCGCCUCCUGUCCAGAGAGGACCUGAAGAUUCUGGAGCCGGAUCUCGUGGCGUCCGCCGCCCUCCUGUCCCCAGGGACCGGGGUCAUCUGUGCCCACUCCGUGGUGUCGGCGCUCGUGGCGGAAGCGGAGGAUGCUGGCGCCAGCUUCAGCUUUGGAAGCGAUGCGGAAAGCGUGCGUUGGGAUGGCAGCGUCUUCACGCUGACUUUCUCCGACGGCUUCCAAGUCACCUGUGACAAGCUGGUCAACGCGGGGGGGCUUCAUGCCGGCCAGCUCGCUCAGACCUUCGUACCCCCUGGCUUGGUUCCUGAGUUCCGAUUCUGCAAGGGCAACUACUUCAGACCCAGCGUGCCGGUGCCGUUCAAGAGGCUCAUCUAUCCGCUCCCCCCACCCUCGGGCGCUGGCCUGGGCACCCACCUCACCUUGGACGUGGAGGGUGGUGGCGCGAAGUUCGGCCCCGACACCGAGUGGCUGCCGGCGGACUACCAGCCGGUGAAGGACAUGGAUGGCUCGGGCGUGUACCGCGUGGACGCCUCCCGUGCUGCGUCCUUCGAGGACUCCAUCCAGAGCUGGUGGCCCAGCCUUCCUUCGGGGAGCCUCGAGCCCGACUACUCGGGGCUCCGGGUCAAGGUUCCCAGCGGUGACUUCGAGAUCACCAACCACGGGAUGGAGGGAUACUGGGCUCAGUAUGGCAUCGAGUCGCCUGGCCUCACGAGUUCCCUGAUGAUCGCGGAGCAAGUGCUGAGGGUGCUGGGCGUACCAAUCCCGGCAGAAGACUUCUGA